AUGUCCGCCCAGCGACGUGACCAGUUCUCUGAUUUGGAUAGUGAGAUGGAGGAAGAUGAUUGGGACAACUUCAGCUUGGAUAGGAUCCGUGAUGAGAAUGAUAGAGACGAUGAUAGCCAGAAUAUCGACGACGAUGUUAGCGAGGCUGAUUCAAGUGUAGAGGCCUCUUCCGACGAUAAGGAGCCCACCGCUAAAGACCUGGCGUUCAUUGUACCCGAUACAUGCGAGUCUAGCGACGAGGACAAUAGUAGUGAUGAUGAGCUCGAUGAGAAAGAAGAAGAUGCUCAUGUGGGUUAUAUAAAGGGUGAUGGUACUUUCGUGCGACUUGCAGGAUAUGAGGAGUUGAUGUUAAAGGCAUUUCUAACACUUCGUAUACUUCGGAAGCACACCGUAGAACGAACAGCACAGAGUAACCGGCGUUUCGUCGAUUUCAGCAUAUUCAGUUGA